AUCGAAUGGAGUACACACUGUUACAGUAGACGAUUUCUGAUGCAAACCUGCUGUUUUCUUACUGACACGCACCCAACUCGGAAACUAGGAGCUCAAAGGAAAUCCCGAGUUUUCCACUCGUAAUUACGACUUUGUGGAGCGUUUAUGUGCGUUCACCUCUUAAAUACGAUCGGUCCGACUUGGUCGAGAAUUACGUCAUUGGCAGCUCUGACUUCCCAGUUCCAGGCAAAGAUCACUGUUCCACUGAUGGCACUGUGGAUACGGUCUCUGAUAGUGAUGGCUCUGCUGCUGCACAGGGCCUACUUGCUGGGUGUGAAUGGUGAUUGCGACCCUCUUGCGGUGGAGACAGACAGCCUCUUAGCAGAAAGAACACAGCAGCAGCAUCUGCAUGCACUUUUCCUGAAGUAUGGUGAGAAUGGAACCAUCUCAUUGUCUGGUCUGCGAAGGCUGCUUGAGGGAUUGGGAGUAGACCGCGUCAGGAGAGUUACAGUGCAACACCAUGGAAACCAACAUGACCACACACAUUCGCAUGAACACUCACUAACACAUGCACACAAACAUGCCACACACACAAAUUCUGUUGGUAGCAAGAAGGAUGUCGAUAGUUCCAGUGUGGAGAAGAGUGAUUCAACCUCCAGUGUGCAUCCAGACUCUAUUUCCAUGAAGAAGAGCCAAUCGGAUAUUCACCACAACCUCUACCUAAAAAGAGAUUCUGAUGCCACUGCCAUCCUGACCACACCAUCUUAUGUCACCAAAUCACGAUGGACAGAACGCAGUGCAGAUUACCUCAUGGAUUCAGACUCUACCCAGCCCAAUACAACACACUUAAAUGUCACCUACUAUUCUGAGAACACAUCCACACACAACCUGGACAACCACAAUCAUCAUGACAAGGAUAGUCCAUUAAGCUAUAACUUCAGUCAAGAGUGCCAGAAUGCCACCAUGAUUCUGCAGACACAUGGCAUGUCCCAAGAAAUGACACUCUCUGUUAAAGACUUCAGCUACCUUUGUCCUGCUCUCCUUGUGCAGAUUGAUUUUAAGUCCUGCCUUCUGCAUGCUGAGAACCAAUCAGAAUAUAAAGAUCACUUUCACCUUCACCAUGACACAGUUAUUGGAAAAGGCCAGAAGAUUUCUUCCAUUCCUAUGUCUUGGAUUGGAGGUUUUCUCUCCAUCACAAUAAUCAGUUUGCUGGCUCUGGUGGGUGGAAUCCUAAUACCACUCAUCAACAAAGUCUGUUUUAACUUCCUGCUCAGCUUCUUGGUUGCCCUUGCAGUAGGCACACUCAGUGGAGAUGCCCUCUUGCACCUUAUCCCACAUUCUCAGGGUCACCACAAGCACCACCAUGCUGCCAGUGAGAGCUUGGAGCAUGGUCUCCAUGGUGACAGUGAAGAUUCACUUAAGUCUGUUUGGACAGGUUUGACUGCAUUGGGGGGAGUCUACAUCAUGUUUCUCAUUGAGCACUUCUUAACCCUUGCAAAAAUGUUCAAAGACAAAAAACAAAAGAUGCAGAAGAGAGCGGACUUGGCUGUUGAAAUUUUAGAUUCUCGGAAUGUGUCAGUUAUGGCAGACCCUAAUGUUAAACCUCUAGAUGACUCUGAGAUGAAUGGCAGGCAUGCAUGGGGACAGGGUCUGCCAGAGGAGGAAGAAGUGAUGUUAUCUCAGGCUGGCUACACAGAUGAAGAUUGUGAGAACAAGUGCCACUCCCACUUCCACGACACUGUUGGCCAGUCAGACGAGCAGCAUCACCAUCACCACAACUACCACCAUAUUCUCCAUCACCACCACUCUCAAAACCAUCAUCCCCACACUCACACACACAGACAUACACACUCUGUCCAACAUUUCGAGAAUGCUGGGGUAGCUACCCUUGCCUGGAUGGUCAUUAUGGGGGAUGGCCUGCACAACUUUAGUGAUGGGCUGGCUAUAGGAGCAGCCUUUACGGAGGGUUUGUCUAGUGGUCUCAGCACUUCAGUUGCUGUAUUCUGCCAUGAGCUUCCUCAUGAGCUGGGGGAUUUUGCAGUUCUGCUGAAGGCUGGAAUGUCUGUGAAACAGGCAAUUCUUUAUAAUUUGCUUUCAGCAAUGAUGGGCUACCUGGGAAUGGUUACAGGCAUUCUGAUUGGACACUAUGCUGAGAAUGUGGCCAUGUGGAUCUUUGCUCUCACAGCUGGACUCUUCAUGUACGUCGCACUGGUGGACAUGGUGCCGGAGAUGCUACAUAAUGAUGCCAGUGAAGCCGGCUUCAGUCAUUAUGGAUUCUUUGUCCUACAAAAUGCUGGGAUCCUGCUUGGUUUUGGCAUCAUGCUCAUCAUCGCCAUGUUUGAACAUAAAAUUCAACUCAGUAUUGAAUUCUGAUUAUCACCCCACUGCCCUCAGUUAACUCCACUUUCAUGGCUCAUAGGGAAACCAAAUUCAUUAAACUGUAACUUUUUGCAUUGCAUUUUACAGAUAUACGAUUCUGUAUAAAAUUCUGGAAUUUGCUGAAUUUUGGAGAGGCUGUUACCUUAUAGUCGAAGUUCCACUGUUUCACUAGGAUACAUAUUUAGUGAUUGUCCUUUCUAGGACCAUCUAGCAGUAGUUUUACUCUUUGCUACGGAAGUCCAAGAGACCAUGCAUUAUUAUUUUUUUCUUUCUUGUGAUCUCCAACUAAUAAACAUUUUCUCGGGAUCUUGACAUAACGAUAAGUUAUUUUCUCACAACGUAAGAAAAUAUUGUACCUUGUGAGUGGGACUGGUCUUGUAUGCAUUCUGGCGCCAUCACUAUCAUAAACUUAAUAAUUGCCCACAGUAGAAAUGGACUUUAACCCUAACCCUAACCCUCUUUUAAGAGAGAGGGGUGUCCCCUUCUCAAGUGUCACACUAAUGUGGAAGUUGUCAAUCACUGACAGACAUGGAGCUAUUUCAGCUUGUGAGUCCCUGAUCAAAGUAAUAGCCAAUUUGUGAUGUCAUUCAUGAUAUUGAUGUACCAAUACAACAGUUCAUAGAAAAAAUGGGUGUCUUUUGAUUGAGUGGUGUUAUCAUGUAGUUAUUUAUGUAUGCUGCACAAACUGCAACAAUAUUGUUAGGCAUUUUAUGUGCUGUUACAGACUACAUGAGUGUAAAUGUUUGGAGAUUGUCUGUCUGUUUUCUUCUUUUCACAUUCCAUUUAGGUGAAGUUUGUGUUAUUAGUAAUGUUUUGGGGGGGGGGGGGGGGUAAAAACAAGUUGGAUUUAUUUGACUCCCUAGAAUUUUUUUAAUGUACAGUCAAAGCUAUAGUGCAGUCAAACAUUUUCAGGUGAUUACGGAAAUAUUUCAUAAGUUUCAUCCAAAAAGGUUGCCAGGGUUGUGGGGGGUAAUAAAUAUUGUCUGGGAAUGAAGGUGUAAAACUUGAAACAGAAAGAUACUGGAAAUAAAUUGCAACACUGAAUUAA